AUGUCGUACUUCCAAGCCGCAUAUGAUGGACGCCGUCACACCGUGCCGCAGAAAAAGACCACAUCCGCGUUAAGAGAAGAAAGGAGUAGUACAGUUCAGCCACGACAACUUGGCCUCGACGUACAACACAACCCUCUCAUGUCUCGCAUGAAGCUCAUCUGCUUCCUCCUGCUCGGAGCCGUAGGACUAGGAGCACUUGAUCUCGUAGCCAGCCUGGUGGACGACCAGUUUGUGUACUCCGGCUUCGCCGGCGCCGGCCUCACGUUGGACGGCUCGGCCACGGUCACGCCAAGCGGCCUCCUCGAGCUGACCAACGGCUCGCUCCAGUUGAAAGGCCACGCCUUCCACCCGACUCCGCUCCGCUUCCGUGAGCUACCCAACGGCACGGUGCGCUCCUUCGCCGCUUCGUUCGUGUUCGGCAUCCUCUCCGCCUACCCCGACAUGAGCGCGCACGGUAUCGUCUUCGUCGUUGCUCCCACCACGGAUUUCUCGACCGCGCUGGCGAGCCAGUACCUGGGCCUUGUCAACGUCCAGAACAACGGCCACGAGAGCAACCGCAUCUUCGCCGUCGAGCUGGACACCUUGCAGCAGGACGAGUUCCGUGACAUCAACGACAACCAUGUGGGCGUUGACAUCAACGGCCUCGUCUCGCUGCAAUCCAGCAACGCCGGCUACUACGUCGGCGGCGACAAGGAGCGCUUCGAGAACCUGACGCUCAUAAGCCACGAGGCGAUGCAAGUGUGGAUCGACUACGACGCGGGGACUAAUCGGAUCAACGUGGCCUUGGCUCCGCUCGGCGUGGCCAAACCUGCCAGGCCACUGAUGUCGGCCACCUACAACUUAUCUUCGGUGAUCACGAGCACCGCAUACGUGGGGUUCUCGUCGGCGACGGGCUCAUUCGACUCGCGGCACUACGUGCUUGGCUGCAGUUUCCGCAUGGGCAGCACUACUGCUCCGGCCAUGGACAUCGCCAAGCUGCCAACGUUGCCCCGUGAGAUCCCCAAGGUUCGGUCCAAGGUCCUGCAGAUCGUCCUCCCAAUAACAUCUGCAGCGGUCGUACUCGCUCUGGGCACCGUCGUCGUUCUCCUGUUGCGCAGGCGACGAAGGUACACCGAGCUACGGGAAGAUUGGGAGGUCGAGUUCGGGCCGCACAGGUUUCCGUUCAAGGAUCUACACCACGCCACCCAAGGAUUUAACAGCAAGAACCUACUCGGCGUAGGGGGUUUCGGGCGAGUUUACAGAGGCGUGCUUCCAGAUUGUAAUAUGGAGAUCGCAGUGAAGAGGGUGUCGCAUGACUCCAGACAGGGCGUCAAGGAAUUCAUCGCAGAGGUUGUCAGCCUAGGACGCCUGCAACACUGCAACCUGGUGCGGUUGCUUGGCUAUUGCCGGCGGAAGGGGGAGCUCCUUUUGGUGUACGAGCACAUGCCCAACGGGAGCCUUGACAAGCACCUAUAUGGUCAUCAGGACGACAAGCCGACUCUCAACUGGGCUCAGAGGUUUCAAAUCAUCAAAGGGAUUGCAUCUGGCUUGCUCUACCUCCACGAGGAGUGGGAGAGGGUGGUGGUCCACCGCGACAUCAAGGCAAGCAACGUGCUCCUCGACGACAAGAUGAAUGGCCGGCUGGGUGACUUCGGCCUGGCGAGGCUGUACGACCAUGGCACCGACCCGCAAAGCACGCAUGUGGUUGGCACCAUAGGGUACAUAGCCCCGGAGCUGGGGCGCACGAGCAAGGCAAGCCCCCUCACCGACGUGUUUGCCUUUGGGACCUUCCUUCUCGAGGUCACCUGCGGGCGAAGGCCCAUAUUCCAAGACCCGCGUGGUAACCAGGUUAUGCUGGUGGAUUGGGUGCUCGAGCACUGGCGUAGAGAGUCGCUCGCCGAUGCGGUUGACACCAAGCUCCGAGGUGACUACAACAUUGACGAGGCGUGCCUCGUGCUCCAGCUAGGUCUGUCGUGCUCGCAUCCGUUCGUCAACGCAAGACCCAACAUGAGGCAAGUAAUGCAAUACCUCAGCAAUGAGGUGCCACUGCCGCAGCUCAUGUCCACCAAAAUGAGUUUUCAUACGCUUGCGAUGAUGCAGAACGAGGGUUUCGACUCGUACAUCCAGUCAUCGUAUUCGUUUUCCAAAGCAAGCGUUUCCACGACUUGUGUCCUCUCAUGAGUGAUAGCACAUAUCCUCUGCCUUCCAACAGACAGUUUGGACAAAUUAAGUUUGCAUUACCGGUUGCAUUCACGGCCCUCUCUUAAUUUAGAUAGCCAAGGGAGCAUGCAUCGUCUUGUAUACGUCGUUUGACAUCCACAAAUGCAAGCGAUGAAAAUAAAAGAUUGUAAUGACCUUUUUGGGACUGUCUAUUUGUCAGAUGUCUGAAAACAGUCACUUUGAUCAAGGGCCACCAGAUCUUCA